UGGGCUCCAAGACUGCUCAAAGUCUCACUGAUAGUCAAGGCUUGUGCUCCCUUUUUCAGAAGAGUAAGAUUAAAGAAAACUACUGUGAAUUAAAAAGUGUGGGUACCAAGAUGGGACGGGAGUCCCCUCUCACUCUGUGGAUGACAUGGAGGGGGCAGAAGAUUGCAGAAUUGGCAUUGUCCUGCAUGGAAGCUGGGCCACCCACAGUGGCGUGGGAAGCCUCUCAGAUGCUGGAUUCUAAUGGGCUCUUGAUCACCUUGGAUUGGGCUAUUUCAUUGUUAUCGCAAAAUAAACAGGACGCUCAAAGUAAUGUUAUGGCAGAGAACCAACCAGCUUCACACUGGUCCUCUAAACCAAUUCUCACAACAGGGCUGGGAGACAGGUGUUACCUUUCCACUUUACAGAGAAUGAAACAGAGAGGCAAAGCCUUCGAAGGACCCUAUACUUCGGACAUUGCAAAGCAGGAUCUGAGUCCCGGCUCCUCCGUCCAGCUAGACUUUCUUUCCUAUGUCUAGACUAUAGCUGGAAAGGUCCUGGAGGACACAUUUUAGGCCAACCCUCUCCGUUUACAAUCCAGAGAGCGGAGACCCCCGAGAAGCCAAGUGACUUGUCCGAGGCUACGCGGCGAGUGUGUGGCAAGGUAGGAGGGAAGACCGAGACGCCCUGGUCUCUCCUUUCUCUCGCAGGUUCCUUUUUCCCGGUGCACAGCCCGCAGGGGACGCUGGAGGAGGAGCUGAGCCGGAGUUGCCGUGGCCCCGGGCCGGGGCGUUCCGGGGGCGGUCCCCAGCGGCCGCGCAUUCCAGAGCCAGUCGCGCGUCCCGGACGCUCUUGCGCGCUCCCGCCUCCCGGGGCAGCCGGGGCACGUUCCGGGCGCUGCCUGGGGCUGAGGUUCCUGGCCUGGGGGUCGCUUCCAUCCGCCAGAUCCCAUGCAGUCCUGGGGACCCUGAGAAGCACCGAGCCAUCCCUGCCCCAGGAACUUUCCGCAGACUCGCCGCCAUCUGGAAGUGAAGCAACAUGGAUGCAGUCAGCCAAGUCCCUAUGGAAGUCGUGCUUCCCAAGCACAUCCUGGAUAUCUGGGUUAUUGUCCUCAUCAUCCUGGCCACCAUUGUCAUCAUGACCUCGUUGUUGCUGUGCCCAGCCACUGCAGUCAUCAUCUAUCGCAUGCGGACUCAUCCAAUCCUCAGUGGGGCUGUUUGAGAGCCUCCCAAGAGGGCCGGGUGAGGGAUGAUGACAGGCAUCCUGUCCCCAGCCUUUUCCUGUCUUCAGAAAAGCAGCAGGAGGGACUUUGGGACGUGGACCUGAGUUCUGGUUUUGAUUCUGCCAUGAGCCAGCUGUGUGAAUUUGUUCAAGGGACCUAACUCUCUGAGUUCCAGGUUCCUUAUCUUUCAAAUGGGGAUGGUGAUCCCUGCCCUUCCUACCUCAUAGGGGUGUGAGAACCACCUGCCUUAGUGGAUGUGAAAGCUGUCUGUGAGCAGUAAAGCUGCCACAGAUAUAAAGGUGUUAUGCUGAGUGCUGAGAAGCUUUGAAGAACCAGAGAACCUGAUUGCUGAUGAUGGCAUUAAAGGUGGUGAGGGAGAUACUGGGGGCAGAGCAGACUUUGCCAGUGCCCCUCAGGUCAAACCAAGCCAAGAGCACCCUGUCCCCAUUCCAAGGGGCCAGCAGCACUAUGGCUCAAAGUUAUUUUCUUUAAGGUGCCAUUCCUUCAUGUUCCUUCAUGUUUUCUCAGUUUGGAAGGUGAUGGGUAGAGCUUUCCAGAACCUCCUCUAUUCCAGAAUCUCUGCCCUUGUGUAAUCUGAAGGAAGGCUGUGCCAUCUUUGGGCACUGCCAAGGGAGUUGGGGUGAUGGGCUUCUUUCUGCACUGGAGUCUCACACCUGUUAGUGUUGACACUCAAGCAGUGUUGGAAAAUGCAGAGUGACUGAGUUCCCUGCCCAGCUUUCGGGAUCUCUGGCCCCCAUCCCUUUGUGUGUGUGUGUGUGUCCCUCUGCCCAGCUCCUGCUGUAAUUAGCUCCACGUGUGCCCCCUUCACUCCCUCGCGCCAGCCCUGCAGCCAGCCUACAGCAAUUAUAUUUUAAGAGGUGUUCCCAGGCUUUUGGGACCUACUGAAACAAUGAUGGUUAUUUUAGAUGUGAUGAUUUAUAUCUAUGCAGAGCUGUUUCUGGACCACUCAAGCUCUUCAAUACCACAAUCAGGAGCAUCUUGGGAUUUAUUAAAUUAUGUAAGAAGAUAGUACAGAUAUCGGGAUAUUAUUGUGUGAAAAUGCUGCUUUUACUUUGAUGUGAUCUCAUUGGUGUACACACCGAUUUCCAAUAAAGUGCUAGAAUGUGCA